CUUCGUAUCCAGCGGUUGCCACAAAGAGCAACAGGAAAGUUUCAAGGGGGGGAGGAGGCCACGAGACGGAGGGAUACAUGAUACAUGCCUGCUGUGGGAGGAAGUGUCAACCGUUAGUAGUGUAGCCGUGGGACAGUCAUGAUUGAAAAGUGUGAGGGCGGCGUUUAUUUCCGAACCUUGAGGACUAUUCUCUGAGGUUGCAGUCCACAUACUGCGACACAACAACCCUCUGGCUGGCUGGCUGGCUCGAUGACAUGAUGACGUGAAGUGAUUUCCCGACAUGGCGUACACAAGUCGAGCUUCGUUUAACCUCAGGAUAUUUUGCAUCGUUUUCAUCGUCCUCAACCUUUACGCUGUCGUCAGCUCCAUCGCCAACGAUACAGAGCAAGGACCAUGGUGCAUUUUGACGGCGUCUCCAGACACUGUAGGCUCCAUGGAGUGCAAAUUCGACGAGGAGGUCCAGUUCAUCCAGGUGGAUUAUUAUAAGCCUGAUUCUCUAGAGGCUCCAGAGAUUGCUGUAUCAUGUGAACAAAACAGCUGUGACCCUAACGCCAAAUUCGCAGACAUGUUGAAAGUGAGAGGAAGCCCUAGCAAACAGUUGCUGACCCUCACGCUACACGGGGUACCCCAAGAGCAUGCCGGGAAAUACAGAUGUCAAGCGCAGACCGUUGUAAAUCCUCAGUCAAAGGAGGGAGUGUGCUCUCUUCGGUUUCCAAAUACUGUCGAAACAUGGAAACCACAGCUGCUUCCAACGGUGACCUCUCUAAAGAGACUCCCACUAAAGAGUUCAACUACCUGAUUCUGCUCGUCCUGCUGGUGGUGCCGAUAGCGGCUCUCGUCAUUGGACUAGUCAUCUGCAAAUUGAAAAGCUGUGGUCCCUGGAAAAAGUCUGAUGAGUACGAGAAGCCACCUCGAGAUGAAGAGAGUCCAGAACAAGAGACACCUCUUGUAACUGGUGAAAAAGAAAAUCUACGGAAAAGUGUGGAGCUAGACGAGAACGAGAAAGUGGAGGAGGAGGCGGUGGAGCUGGAGGAAGAAGGGAAGACAACCAAUGAAAAUGCAGAAGAGCCGCUCAUUAAGGAAGAAAAGGAAGAGAAGCACAGUGACGAUAAUGAGGAGGAAGAGGAUGAUAAAGAGAAAGCUGAAGAAGGCAAUGACAGUUCGUCAGAACAGAAGGACGGUGACAUCACAGAAGCGACUCCAGGGAACAGAAGUGAAAAGGCGCCAAUCAUAGCCACAGACCAAAGCGCGGCACAAUAAAGUCCAUCACUCAGUAGAGUCUACUAGCCACAGAAUCACUAUUACUAGAGAUACACAGAAAGUGUGUCCUGCAGACAGGAAGACAGAAGAUGUGUGUAUUGAAAAAACUGAUCAAUCAGACGAAAAUACUUUUAUGGAGACUGCCCGUCGUAGUUAAAGAAAGCAUCAUCGAUAGAAAGUUAUUGUAAAAAAAGUAAACAAUAUGAACUUACAUUAAUAUCAUCAUUCUUUUCAUUGACAUUCGCUUUGCUUCUGUCGCCAAAGGACACAAAAUUCCGUUGUAUAUUCUCGGCUGAUUGACAGUGCACACGAGUUAACCCAGAAGUUGAAAGUUUUAAACGAUUCUGAAAGAUUUUUCGAAGGGCAGCCACAAAGAUGGUAUCAACUAUUGUGAUUAUUACAUCAUCGACUGAUAUGAUUUGUGAUCAGUGAUUUUCCCUUUUUUUUAAUCUUUGUGCGAGAUGAACUGGUGCACCGUCUAAGUAUCUAACGGAAAAUAAUGAGAAGAAUGAAGAGAGAGUAAAAAGACGAAAAAAAAAAAUGAAGGGACAUCAGAUUUGGAACAGUUACUAGCUUACUUUUUUUUUUAAGUACAAGCUCAUUUCACCACAAUUUUCCACACCAUGCACGGAUUUCCUGACUCUAUAUUUCACCCUCACUGAUUCACUCAAUCACUCAAUCACAAUUCUCCUACAAACACACGCGCACGCGCACUCACCCUCUCUCUUGUUGUGUCUGACACACUAACAACGUAGGAUAGAACAGAAAAAUCUCGACAUGAGAGACUAGAAAACACACACAUGCAAAGACGGACGAAAAGAGAGACAAAACCAUAAAACAUGGGACAAGUAAAGGUAGGGGUACUAAGUGAGAGGGAGGAUGAUGACAGGAAGACAGACGAUGCCUAAUAGUAGAGAAAAACGAAACCUGUCAGACGAUAGAAGGUAGAAGACUGGAAACAAAUCCGCAACUGAAGACUAUGUUGGUCAAUGAAAAAGAAAAGAUCAAGAUCAAACGACAAAAGCAUGAGCAUGCCGAAAAUAUGAGAGAAAAAAAAAACUAGAAAAGCCGCAACACCAAAUCCUGCGCCACGAACUUUCACAAAAUGUGCAUUGUAAACAUCUGUUUUCUUAGACAAAAACUGUAUUUUAUUUACUUCGUCAAUUUGUCGUUUUUUGAAGUCCAAUCAUGACCACAUUGCAAGCAAAACACAGGAGUUACAUCCGCUGUCCAUUCUAGAACCUUCCAGUCAUCAUGCUGACCACUAAAUAACUGUUUUCUGGAAACAUUUUACUGUUAUGAGUGGCUGAAAAUUAGGAACAGAAAUAUUUUGUAUCGAGGGUCAUCGCUUGUGUAGUUGUACCUUUGUGUAAUUGUGUGUAAUACAGUGUAAUUUCUCAGAGUAAUAUGUGACACUGUUGAUGUUGUUGUAACAUCUGUAUUAUUCUGAUCACGUGGGUAACAGGUGGUCAAGGGCGAGUCCAUGUGUCACACUUUAGUCCUUUUGCUAUCUGGUGAACACCUCCAUAUUUUCCCUCAAUUUUGAAGAUGGUUCUUAACAAAUAAACAUAUAAGUGGUUAUUACAGUCAAUAUAGUAUUUAAUGUGCUAAUUCGAUCCAAUAAAAUCAUUACAAAAUUGUAUACAGGGAAUGAGACUCCUAAAGUUGUUACAUGUACUAAAAAUAUUUAUUUUUAACGCAGACUGAAAGAAUGAAAAUUCUAAUAACAAAAAUUUAACGAAAAACGAGAUGAAACUUAAGCAAUGUUGACUGAAUAUUUUUAUUUACUUUCGUAAAACAGAAACUCUUAUUAGACGACAAUGGUUUUGAGAGAGUAGCCUGCCAAGAAAAAAUAAAUCAUCAAACUGUAAUUAUACAACAUUUUCUAUUUCAUUCACAUUGUGAGCCUUAACGACGGUGAUGUGUGUUUACUGUUAACUGCAAUUGUGGAUGCUGUGAUUGUUUUACCAGUGUAGUUGGAUGCUUGCUGUUUCUUACAUUUCCAUGUACCUGUAAUUUUAUUUCUCGUUUCCCAUUCCAGGUAUUUGAUUAAUGCCUGUGUGUUAGUGCAGUAUGUUUGUUUACUGAGCUUGUGAGCCAUCCUUGACUUUUAUUUUGUGCUUAAUUGUUUGUUCUGAAUGCGAUCAACAAAGCUCAUUUUGUCAUGUUUAAUUGUCAUUCCACCAUGUGAAUUUUUCUUUAACAACUUGUCAUCAAACAUCUAGUUGUAGUUGAGAAACAAAAUUCAUCUUCUCGUAAUUGUAGAUAAACAUUUUCUGGUUUGUAAUAUCGUAACACUAGUGAAAAACAAUAAUAAUCUUUCCUUACUCAUGAAAUAAAAAUGAAAUCAUUUCUAAUGAUGGUAUUGCUGACAAAGAAAACAAAUUUACAUCUUGUGCCCAUUUCAAACAAAACUCGUAUUUCAUUACAGCUGAAAAAAAAAUUGUUAAAAAUUCAAAGGUGUUUAUCUCCAGUAAGUUUCUUAUUUGCUCAAUUACCACGAGAAUAAAGCCAUACCUCCUUCUCUCCCUCCAUUGUUUCAUCUAGAAUCCUGUGGUGUUACAUUUUUAUUCUCCCAGUCAAUGUGUCUGAGAAAUUAAAGUCUUACUUAACCUGUGA